UUAUAUCCAAAAAUGUAAACAAAGCAACGUGCUUGAAGUUCUUCAGGCCGGUUUUAUAAUCUUUGGAUUGAAAUUAUUGGAAAAAUCGGAGAAAUCGGGCUAGUUUUACAAUUUGUUGGUGGCAAAAUGAAGACUUCUAAAAUUACGGACAUCGUUGGACUGGAACGGAAUCGAGAUAAUCCCAUUUUGUUAAAUUUCCAAAACGCAGAAAUGGGCUACAAAAACGACGCCAGCAUCGAGUGCUUCCGUGCCGAGGACACGGACCGAUUGGCGCAGGCGGCUGCAGCUGCAGUAAAUGGAAGCGACGACUCGAAACCGGCCCGGAUGGCUGUGGUCAUCAGCGAUCAGCAGGUUUACCGAGGAUAUCUGGGAGAAAAUCUCCCCUCGUCGAUGAACACUUUUGUCGCGGUUCGAAACAGGAAAACGGGUAAAAUGAGGUUGAUACAGGUCGAGAGCUGUAACAUGCUGAAUUCGUGCUACGACGACAAUAAGAACAAGUUCCAGGAUGACGAAAAUCGGUUGACGGUAAUGAGGAAGUUUGGUGGAAAGUUGGCCAUCAGGGCUCUGGAGCGGAUUGAACGGUCUGGCAGUAAUAUAGACGUAAUGAAUGAAACGCUGCAGGACACGUUGACGCAGUACGAUGACGAACAGUUUAAUGAGGAGGGUGAAUUUUCCAAGAACAAACUGGAGGGUGAGCUUAUUUUGGCGAGUAUGAAGCCACCGAGGAAUCCGGCUGCCCAAAGUGUUUCCGAUUUAUACCUGCUGGAGGAUCUGAUUUCGGAACCUAUAAGGCAGAAUUUAAAAACCGUUGGGUUGGGUUUGCUGGAGAAGGAUCCGGAAACGUUGGAACUGGCGAACGUUUAUCUGACCAACAAAGUAAAGGCAGCCCUGCAGAGCAAAGAACCGGACUCGGAAGCGAACGUAAGAACUCUGCAGAUUUGUCUGUUUAUGGAUGGGCUUUGUAGACUCUUAAAUCAGUGGGGAAAGUCGAUGGAGAAGUUAAAGGUUUCACCCUUCUCGAAAAAGCUGGAUGCCGAUAUCAAACAAAACUUUUCCCAGAUCAAUCAGGUGCAGAAUACCAGGACCAAGUACACAGAACAUAAGGCCAUCACGUACUAUCUGGCGCUGGCUUUCUUGUUGGACAGUUUUAUACUAAGUGUGGAUCAGAUUCACGAAGGGUUGAAGAUUUCCCGGAAGGAUCUGCUGAAGUUUGCCGCCUUUAUUGGGGGAUCACACGAUUCUGUUAAAGGCAUUUUAACGCUUAAAAUGGGAACUAGUGGACAGAAUUCGCGAUCUUUCAGCGGGAAGCCACGUUAUGGUCGACGAAAAUGAUAGAUUGGAUAGGUUUUCUAUUAACAGAAUGAAAUUUAAAAUAAAAUUUCAAGCGCAGCGGA